CAACUUAAAGAAGAUGUAUUAGUGAAUAUAAUUAUUCAAAUUUUAUAAAAACGUUUCCACAGCUAAUACCUUGUCAAAGUUGGAAAUCAUAUAGGAUAUAUAAAAAUAUUAAAAUUUUUUUACGAUAUUUACAUUAAUUAUUAAUACCUAUUUGUUCACCUCACUUGAUUUCUGUGGACAUCAUUUCUUGGGCGCAUUGCAUUAUCAUUACCUAGCAAUGAACAAGUCGUAUGUGCGAGCAAUAGAGUGAGAAGCGAUCUCUUAUAUUCGUUGCCAGGUGCAAAUUCGGCAAAACAGCCACAAGAGUGAAUAGAAUUUUAGAGAAGGCGGCGCUAAACGAGACAGAAAUGAAGUUGCGCGAUCGCCUACAGCACUCGUUAGAGGAGAAGAGAAGGCUGCAGUUGGCACUGUCCGACAAACAUCUCCUAACUUACUUGGUUUGACAGUGGCUAACUAUGGUUUAACAGUUUUGUAUAAAGGCCCAGUUAGAACACCUCUAUUUCUAAUACUCCCUUUUGGUUUGGCUAGAUGGUUUAGUAGAUCAAUGUAUAUGAGAUAUUAUUACCAGCAAAUCAAGGAAACCCUCCUCGAGUUUUUACGUCCGGUACCGCCGUCAGGCAUUCCAUCAGACAAAGGGCUGACUCCCAGCAUGAAAUGACCCGUAUGUCUAUGCUCGGGUUCGAAUAUAGACCACAAUGUCUACUUAAGAAAAAUCAAGAGACACUACACAAAAGAUAACUGCCUUUAAAAUUUCAGGUGAGCAGAGUGAAAACCAGGAAGUGGAGUGUUUACACGGUAAAGUCUGACAAUUCACCCGAGUAGACCAAGAUGGCUUCAAUACUGGCAAACGCAUUUCAGCACCCCAUGGUAAAAAAACUGCUGCAAUAUCGGCAGGGUGGUGAAUCUGAUGAGCGCUGGGGAGAGAAAGCUGUGCGCGCAUUGGUCAAGAAGAUAGCGAAACAGGGCACAGCACUCGAAGAUCUUGAAAAAGCUAUCGUUAAACAAGAUCCCAAUACAUCGUGCGUCACCAUCCCACGUUCUAUGGAUGGAACGCGCGCACAGUCAACUUCUCAUCGCAAGGGUGUCCCACACGUGGUCUAUUGUCGUUUGUGGCGAUGGCAAGACUUACAAAAUGCAAAUGAACUACGUCCAAUGCCCCAGUGUCACAGUGCUCGCACGGUUCAUAGGGGUCCAGAGGAUGUGGUAUGCGUGAAUCCUUGGCACUACGAUCGGGUUCAAGCGCCACCACUGCCUACUGUACUUGUACCAAGAUAUAAUCCGAGCGAUGUUCCACCAGGUCUUUAUGAACUGCCCGAAUUCGACAACUCGGUGCCUGAGAAUGCAGAAUUUCCACCUGACACUCCGCCACCCGGCUAUAUGAGCGAAGAUCUGUCGUCUCCGGGCUCCCCACCGACAAGUCCCGAGUUCCGAGCCGGCAGCGGCUCAAAUAUGGCUAUUCACAGCAAUAACAAUAACAACAACAACAACCUUCAGCAGGGGGGACAGCAUACGCACGUCACCCAACAGUCUUCGCUUAUGGAUCAGCAGUCGCCGCACGGCAUGGAUAACAUGGACGCAAUGGGAACCCCACAGCUGGCGACGCCUUCACCACCCCCAGCAAAUCUUAACAGCGUCCCUGAAGUUGCCACCGACGUAGGCGAACUUCAUCCUGUCACUUACACCGAACCGCAGUUCUGGUGUAGUAUCUCGUACUACGAGCUAAAUACUCGUGUUGGAGACAGUUUUCAUGCGUCGCAGCCAUCGUUAACCGUUGAUGGUUUCACGGACCCCUCAAGUUGUGACCGCUUUUGCCUUGGCCUGCUGUCCAAUGUAAACCGCAAUCCGGUUGUGGAACAGACGCGAAAGCACAUCACGCGUGGAGUUCGUCUUUAUUAUAUCGGAGGAGAGGUGUUCGCUGAAUGUCUUUCGGAGAGUUCAAUCUUCGUUCAGAGUCCCAAUUGCAAUCAACGCUAUGGUUGGCAUCCUGCGACGGUAUGUAAGAUACCCCCUGGGUGCAAUCUGAAAAUCUUCAAUAACCAAGAAUUUGCUGCCCUUCUCACGCAAAGCGUAUCCCAGGGAUUUGAAGCAGUUUAUCAACUUACGCGAAUGUGUACUAUUCGGAUGUCGUUUGUUAAAGGAUGGGGCGCCGAAUACAGGCGUCAAACGGUGACCUCAACACCUUGCUGGAUCGAACUUCAUCUGAAUGGGCCACUUCAGUGGCUUGAUAGGGUUCUGACACAAAUGGGCUCUCCGCGCAUGACUUGCUCCUCGAUGUCUUAACUCGAAUAAGCAGUUGAAGCUGAAGGUUAACAGCACAUGCCGAUAAAUCCGUGUCACAUCAUGACUAUUCUAUCGGUCGAAAGACAAGCAGAAAAGAAUGGUAUUUCUUUACAACAAAGAAAUUAUCUAUCUCGUGGCUGGUAGAACAAUGAUAUGAAUAUAUGCUCAACGGCCCUCGGCCAACUAUGUCGAAGGACCAAUUUCGGUACAAGGACAAGCACCAUAUGAGGAGUAGCAUUCAUGUGAAAUAUAUAUAUAUAUAUAUAUGGAGGAAGAGAGGGAGAAAUAUGUGCCGUAGAUAAUUACUGCUUAACACGUCAGGUCUAUAGCGAACUGUGUAUUGUCUAAGAUUGUCUUAAUAUCCAUUGUUCUAUGACAGACAUCAUGAAUUGAAGUAUGAUCAUGUGAAGAUAUAGACGACAGAGAUCUCUGCUAAAAAGCUCUUGCAACUGGUCGAUGUUCACUGUUGAAAGACCGUUGCCAUUAUUAUACUGGCAAUACAGGAGAAGUUCCGGCAAUGGAUAUGGUCGUUGCAGCAAUGCUAACACGCCAUGAUGAACUAUAUAUAUAUAUAUAUAGUUCAUCAUCAGAAGGGUAUACAUAUAUACCCUUCACCACAUUUCCCUUGUCGAAAUAUUACAGACACAACGGAACGGCGUGAGGUUACUUGCUGUGCCCUAAUUCUCUUAAACCAACAUACUUUUAUAGCCCGAAGUGUCGUUCAACACCUGGCAGUGGAAUACCCCACCCACAAACACACACAGUCAUCGCUUAUAGGCGCGACUCACAAACUUACAGCUUAUGGUAGAGCAUGAAUGAAUAUAUUAUUACACAGCAUCACAUGGAGAAAUGAGUAAAGCAAUUCAAUGUUACCUUGCAGAUUUUGCGAAUACAUAAGCGAGGCGUUAACUAGUCAGGGCUUAAAUAGAUAGUGAUUUGGCCCUCUAAUCAAAUAUUCGUUGCGAUCAAACGCUAAGUAACCAAAUUCGCUAUCGUUCGCCCACUUCUAUCCAUCCAACGAGCCGGUGCAUGAGUCUACUACAGUUCUAAGAGACAAUUCUGCAGCUUGAAUUUUCGGCAGACUGUAUGUAGCUCAACGUCCCGACUGCAAAAGCUUCAAAAUCUACACAAAAUGGCACCCUUGUGUAAAUUUAUGGACAUGCCAGAGGUCGCCUCUGUGCGUCUUGUAUAUUUACGCUGCUAUAAUUGAUAUAUCAACAUAAAGACCAAAAGGGCCGACUAUCUGUCAAUUCAAAACAUACUUUAUUCAAGAUUGUUUGGAUCGGUUCUUAAGAAAUGUCUGUCAUCAUUGAUUUCUUGAAUAAAAAUUUGGCUUGCGGUAAAAUGAAACCUUGUAAAUAACCGCCUACAGAAUAUUAGAUCUUUAAUACUAGUGUUCAGAUAAAACGAUGAAGUACUAGCUCAAUAAGAUAUUUGUAUGCACUCUAACUAGGAUGUGCCAUUAUCAUUUCAUUUUUGGCAGUAAAACUGUAACACAUAGUUGGUUGAUAUAUAUGACGAAUAGAUAAAUAAAUAGUGCUAAAGAAAGCAUACGAGUGAGAAAAAUGACAACCAUUUUCGUCGCCAGAUUGAAUAAACAGACGAAUGGGCGGACUUUGGGGCCCAUAACGAGAGCUCGUCCACCAAUUUUCUGUCGGGGACUAAUUUGUGGGCUCACGAGAUCAUUUGGUACUAAUCAACUAAUGUUUUGCUACGUGCGAAAAGCCACAACUAUU